AUGGCCUUCCUAAUACUAGUCAUUGGCGAUCUUCACAUCCCAGAUCGAGCCCUCGACAUUCCCGCCAAGUUCAAGAAGCUCCUCGCCCCCGGCAAGAUCGGCCAGACCCUCUGCCUCGGCAACCUCACAGACCGCCACACCUACGAAUACCUCCGCAGCAUCGCGCCAGACCUCAAGAUUGUAAAAGGCCGCACCGACGUCGAGGCCGCCGGCCUGCCCCUGACCCAGGUCGUCACCCACGGCUCCCUGCGCAUCGGCUUCCUCGAGGGCUUCACGCUCGUCUCGUCCGAGCCCGACCUGCUCCUCGCCGAGGCCAAUAAGCUCGAUGUCGAUGUCCUCUGCUGGGGAGGCACCCACCGCUUCGACGCCUUUGAGUACAUGGACAAGUUCUUCGUCAACCCCGGCAGCGCCACCGGCGCGUUCGCCACGGGCUGGGGAAAGGAGGGCGAGGAACCCGUGCCCAGCUUCUGUCUCAUGGAUGUGCAAGGGAUCUCGCUGACCCUGUACGUCUACCAACUGCGAAAAGACGACAACGGCAAUGAGAGCGUUGCCGUGGAGAAGGUCACCUACACGAAGCCGGUCGAGCCAACAGGUGGCUCAUGA